AUGGGGUCAAGACCACUAGCCAUCACCUGCGCGCCCUGUCGGACACGCAAGGUCAAGUGCGACAGCGGGAAGCCUGUCUGUGGGAAUUGCGCCAAGAGUCCCAAUGAGUGCUACUACCCCGUCAAGCUGAAACCUGGCUUGCGGCCGGGUACUGGGACAGAUAUGGCCAGGCGUCUAGAGAACCUGGAGGAGCGGAUACAAUCGUACGAAAUCCGGCUGGCGGAUCAAGAGACUCGUCUCACACAUGUCCAACAAAGUGCCGCAGGCCAUGCUGGACCGUCCCAGCCAUUUCCCGGUCUCGCUGGGAACACAUCGCUGUAUACCGGUCUACCCCAGCCGAGUCCUAUGGACGCUCUAGUUCAGCCUACUUCCGGCUCUUCAUCCGCCAAUGCGGCGAUGCCCCCGCUAGACUUCUCCUCCUUCGGCCCGUCCGCUUCGCCCUCGGGUCACUCCGCCCAUUCCUUCCGCGACCCCAACAUCCUCCCUCCCGACGAUAUCGUCCGCGACCUCAUCGGACUCUUCUUCACCUUCAUCCAUCCCUGGGCACCCAUCAUUUCUCCCAUUCUACCCCCGUUCUCCGCUCCCUGGUCGAUCGUCGUUCACGCAAUCGUCGUCGUCUCUCUGCGGUACUCGAACGAUCCGCGCCUCCCUCCCUCCACGCAAGCGACGUAUCGGCAAGCGGCCAAACAGCACGUCUUGGCGCACGCUAUCGAGUCGACAUCCAUAUCAUCCGUGCAGGCAUUGGCACUGCUCGCGCUCGACCUGAUCGGAUCGGAGCAGGGUCCGUCUUCUUGGGGUCUACUUGCGCUCCUCACUCGUUCGGCGGUACAUCUGGGGCUGGCGAAGGAGGAAGAUGCGGCGGGACAGCCGACGUUUGGAGGAAGGGCACCGGCGCCAAGUCUGAGCAGGACGAGCAUCAUCCCUCCUCCGGCGGACUGGAGGGAGGAUGAGACGAGGCGGAGAUUGUUUUGGUUGAUCUUCUGCUUGGAUCGGUAUGCGUGCGUGUCGACGGGUUGGGACUUUGCCAUACCGGAUUCUGAGGUUAAGCGGCGACUACCUUGUGCCAACGAGAUAUGGGCUGGCAACGAAUGGUGCUUCACGCCUCUUUUCCGCCCGGUACCACAUCGCCAGCCAAGCGACAAUACGUCCAACAUCUCUCCGCUUGCACACCUCGUGGAAGCGCUGGAUCUGCUCGGCCGGGCACAUACGCUACAAGCGGAAGUCAUCGAGCCAGGCGACAGCUCUGCGAUAUUGGCCAGGAAGGAGAUGACCAUAGACCUCACUGGGGCGGCGAGGGGCUGCUUUGAGGCUGUCGGGCCCAGUGUCACCGGGGGUAGACAAGACGGACUGACUCUGAUGAUCCAAGCGAUCCAUCACGCCACCCUACUCAAGCUGAACGCAUACUACGCCUACCCAGCACUAGCGACCGGCGAGCCCAUCGAGCCACAUACCUCGACCUGUCUCACUGCAGCUGGCGCCAUCGUGGACCUAAUACAUACGGCGCGCGCAGUGGGCUGGAUGACGGCCUCGACCCCAUUCUUCAUCUGGGGUUGCUGGGUCGCGGCGAGGGUGCUGUUUGUACAUGCGUUCUUGGCGCAUCGGACGGGACCGGACGAGGCGUUUGACGAGAUCGUUGGGUGUCUGAGGGAACAAGCGGGCUACUGGGGACUAGCGAACCAAUAUGUCCGCCUCCUCGAGCGCGCCAAGCGGAAAUGGCAAGACUCGAUGCCCUCUUCCGACCCGCCCAAUCCCUCGCUUCCCGACGCGAUUCACGUCCUGCUCGACCUCCGCCGUACCGCCUACUCGGCAGUCACGACCAACACGCAAGAGACGCCACAUGUCUCCCCUCCAGAUGUCGAUCUCAGUCAUCUCCCGGCGUGGGCGGUCCAGCCACUUCUUGGGGAUUUGCACGGGUGGUUUGAUCUGCCGGCGGGUUUGUUCCAGGGGGAUCUGUGA